AUGGUCGACUCCCUCAGCAAGAUGACUAAUUUCGUUCCUGCAAAGAAAUCAUUCAAAGCAGCAGACACCGUGCAGCUUCUCGCAGACCGUCUUAUCCGUUACCAUGGAUUUCCAGAGGUACUCAUAUCGGACCGCAACCCCGGCUUCCAGUCGGCCCUCUGGCAACAACUAUGUCGCCGCUUUAACAUCAAACGCGCCAUGUUCUCGUCCUACCAUCCGCAAAGUGAAGGUCAAACUGAAAGGGUUAACCGCACACUGGAGCAGCUGCUUCGUACCUACAUCCAAUCUGACAAACGCGAGUGGGAGCGUUUGCUUCCGGCCGUGGAGCUUGUCUACAACACGGCAAGCCAUUCACCCACCAAACUCUCUCCCUUCGAGCUUAUGGUCGGCGAGAACGCGCUGACUGCUGCGAAUCUUGACAUCGUAGGCGCGUUAGCCCCUACGCUCACUCCUCCAAUGACUAAGCUCUUCCGGCAGCUCUGCGACAAAGCGCAGAGUCACAUACAGAAGGCAAAACUUGAGCAGAGCUAUUACGCAGACACAAAGCGCCGAGCUGUGGAGUAUGCAGUGGCGACAAGUUCCCCACCGCCCCCGCCCUCCAGACUUGGUUCCCCAGGAAGCCGAUACCGCCUGGCCGCCUAUCCGCCAUGCACAGGCAAUUUGAUAGAGGAGUAUGAAGUUGAUUAUAUUAUGGACCAACGCGGCUCAGGCGCCGACGCCCAGUACCUCGUCAAGUGGAGCGGCACCCCCGAAGAUCAAGCCACGUAG